AUGAUACUCAAAAGGACAUUGAUUACUUUAUACCUUUCCUGUAUACUUAGAUUAAUUUACUUUUAUGUAUGUAUAGAUGAUACUCAAAAGGACAUUGAUUACUUAGUGAAAAAGAUCUUGAAUCUGAGAUUGUUUGGAAAUGAUGACCGCAAGUGGACGGCCAGUGUGGUGGACCAGGCGUGUGAGGUGCUGUGUCUCAGUCAGAUAACUCUGUACCAUUCUCUCAAGGGCAACCGGUUAGAUUUCCAUCACGCCAUGGCACCUCAGCAGUCCCAGCAGUUCUACCAACAGUUCCUCACCACAUUGCGCCAGCAGUACAUCCCAGAGAAGGUCAAGGAGGGAAGGUUUGGAGCGGAACUGGUGGUUAACAUCAACAAUGACGGGCCAGUAACAAUCUGUCUGGAGUCACCUCUAGCUCAGAAACCUCUCAAGACAGAGACUUCUGUGUGACACAACAAACUCAACCAAUUGUGUGUUGUACUUCACUUUUAAUAACUCCAAAUAAAAUAUUCAGAAAAUGA